CCUUAGACGGCAGUAGACUCGUCCGUUCAGGUGGGUUGUCUAAUAUGAAGUUGAUGUGCAGGUUUAUUACAGACGACUGAUUGUAAAAAAGGCAUAUAAGAUUGAUCUCAACGAUGUCGGAUACACCUCCGAAAUCGCAGAGAAAAUCGGGAAUUGAGGAAACUCAGCUUGUGAAUGUUGUCCUGAAAUAUUUCAAGCUUGCAGGAGUUGCAGUUGGAGUUUGGCUGUCAGGUUACUUCAACUUUAGCCCCAGUUGGCUGCUGAUCGGUUUAAUUUUAUAUGUAUGGAAGGAUCGCCAGGGGAAGCGCAAGAAGUUACAGAUUGAGAUUCGACAAGACACUGCAAGAGAUGAGCAGAAGGCUAUUUUAGCUCGUGUUGAAGAUUUACCAUCAUGGGUUCAUUUUCCAGAGGUAGAAAGAGCAGAAUGGUUCAACAAGAUACUGGACCAGAUUUGGCCAUUUAUUGGAGAUUAUGUCAAAGACUUACUGACGAAUUCCAUCCAGCCCAAAAUCCAGGCCAGCCAUGCUCAGAUGGCUUCCUUUGUGUUUACAAAGAUAGAUCUGGGAGAUAUUGUAAGUACCUGUGAUUAAAGUUUGUGUCUCUGAUUAGCUUAAUUUCUAUGAUU